GUAGCUGCAUUAGGUAGCCUACUAUACGUCUGAAUACCAACUACUGAGAAGUGCAUAGGAAAGGCUGCACAGGAAAGGCAUACAUUUCCUAAAUCUGAAUUGGACACAGAAGUAAAAAAAAACCAUUAUCUUCUAUUGUAACUGACUUCAUAAUGUAGUUUCACGCUUCUUAUUGCAGAGUGGGUGGAGACUGAGUUGAGCCAAAUCAACCGACGUAAUGGAAGUUGGUUCCUAAGACAAACCAUCAAACAUGUAUUUCAUCGAGUUUGUUUCACCCCCCGUCGCCAUACCGCUUUCAGACUGUGAACCUUGCGUGACGCGAGUGCGUUGGUUGGAGACUGAAGAGCCGCACACCCUACACGGAAACGGUGAAGCGCGCCCAGAAUUCGGUGCCCAAUAUAUUUUAUCCUGUGUAGAAUAGAAUCAAGACAAUUCUGGGAGAGCACAUUACUUGCCUUUAUAAACGAAGUGGACUGUUAUAACCAUCUUCUGGAUAAGGACUAUAGCUACUGCCCAGCUGGCUUGGGUAUUGUACUGACUGACGGCCAGUGCAUUUUCAUCCAUCCUCAAGAUGCAUAUGAAUAGCUUAUUAAAUCAAUGGAACAUCACUCCCCACUCCAGGAUGUGUGACUGUGACGUGGACGUGUCCUCGGAGCCCACCAGCCCCACACUCUACGGCGAGUCCUCUGACAAAUACUACCAUGUGGACCGCUGGCAGAAGCUCCGCACCGCCGUCCGCAAGCUGGAGUUCUGGGAGAACUUCACAGCCGAGCUCAUCGGGAGCGGCUUCUUUUCCAAAGUCUACAAGGUGAUUCACAGUACGACCUGUAAGGUGAUGGUGGUGAAGAUAUAUAAGAAUGACGUGGACCAGGAUAGCAUCGUGCGUGAGAUCAGCCUACUGCAGAAGCUCUCCCAUCCCAACAUAGUCAGGUACCUGGGGAUCUGUGUGAAAGAAGAUAAACUCUACCCUAUUUUAGAGUACGUGAGUGGGGGCUGUCUGGAAGAGCUGUUAGCCAGGAAGGAUGUGUCUCUGUGCUGGAGGGAGAAGGUGGACCUGGCCUGUGACAUCACCAGGGGAAUGAUCUACCUGCACUACAAGAACAUCUAUCACAGGGACCUCAACUCCAAGAACUGUCUGAUCCGUGUGACAGCGCGGGGCAGGGAGGCCCUAGUCACAGACUUUGGCCUGGCCAGAGAGGUGGUGGAGCUGCCGGUUAAAGACCCAGAGAGGAAGCUCUCCCUGGUGGGAUCUGCCUUCUGGAUGGCCCCGGAGAUGCUUCGCGGGGAACCCUACGACCGGAAGGUGGACGUAUUCUCCUUUGGGAUUGUGCUCUGUGAAAUACUGGCAAGGAUCCCUGCAGACCCAGAGAUUCUACCAAGAACCCAGGACUACGGCCUGGAUGUGAGUGCGUUUAGGGAGCUGGCGAGCGGGUGUCCUCAGCGCGUGUUGGAGCUGGCAGCCAGCUGCUGUCUGAUGGAGUCCUUCAGGAGGCCGGCAUUCAUAGAGCUGCUGGAUGAACUGGGGGAGAUUGCUGAGACUCUUGAGCCGCCCCCUAACCCGCCCCCUAACUCAGAACAGACCACUGGGUGAGCAGCCUGGGCUGGCCUGGUCUGGCCGAAGCCCCCUGCCCACCCAUCAAUCUGGAGGAAGUUCUGUACUUAUAUAUGGGCUGAAUCCCAAAUGGCACUCUGUUCCUUGUAUAGUGUACUACUUUUGACCAGGGCCCUUUAGAGAAUAGGGUGCCAUUUGGGACACAACAACAACAGACAGCUGCGCAGGGCCAGGGGACAGAGUUCCCCAGGAUGACCUCUCUAUAGGGGCUGACCUCUAUGUCUGUGCCUACCUACACUGCACCUAUAGAUGUGUCGGUGCGUGGAUCCACAACUUUCAAAUUAAAGACUGGUGGAUUGACGAAUGGAAAAGACUAUAUGUGUCUUCUUGAAGAGAGGGUUUCUUCGGAAGCUGGAAGGCUUUACUUAACCAGUUCCACACACUUUGUGUGCAGUUGAAUAUUUUACCUAAGGGGGAUAGCAGUUGGGCAUCAUUUUGUUUAGCGGCAUGUCUCACCUUAUUUCAACGUUCUUUCCUUAAAUUCAUCUAAUAUUUCUACUUUUUGUUUGUUGUUGUUUAUGACAGUAUUUUGUGUUGACGAUACAGACAUGAAUCUGUUGAUGUCUUUCCUUCCAGCGUUGUUUUCUAUUGUCUAUCUAGCUCAAGUUUCUAUUGUUUAUUCGACUCUACCUAAAUGACCAGACGCUAGAGAGACGUCAUGUUCAACACUCCAUGUCACCUCUUCUCAGACAUGAAAUUGCCUCAGUUCAGUUAGCUGCGCUGUGAAUAGAGAUGUUGUUGUUCACAGCCUACAAGGAGCUCAACAAAGACCUCCCCACGGCCCUGAUUCUGACCUGCUGCCGUCAGUCCAGCUAGCUAGCACAACGCGGACGCCCGGCUGACGCCAGUGGGUGGGCACACAAUGUAACAGAGUUUGAUUCGUAACCUCACACCUCAGCUUGAAAUGUCUCUACGCGUGCUAUCAAAUUGGUACUUUUUCUAUUGGCUACUGUUAAGCAAACACAGUGACGCUUUACAUACAGUGGAUAGGUCUAACAUUAGCUACUAUUCAGUAAUACUCAAUUCAUUGUCCCUGAGCUCACUCUACCUGGCCGAAGAUCUUAUUUCAAUAGAUUUUGAAAAGUGCUGACACGUAGGAAAGUCAGCCAAUAACAACUUUCUGUGAGAACUUUCCAGUGAAGUCAAUGCUCUUGCCAAGUGACCAGUAUUUACCAGUGAGUGUGUGCCCGUCUCAAUCUGAUGUUUCAAGUAUCACUUGAAGAGUAGAGAUAUAUUUUAUUAGCUUUUGUUGUUGUAAAAAAUUAUAUUUUUAUUGAGCUAUUUUUUUUUUUAAAUCAUAUCAAAUAAUAGUUCAAAUUGAACAAUCUAGACAUUCCUCCUGUCAUAAAACUUUUUUCGAAUUUUAGGUUUUUAAAAUAUUAUUAAAUAUCCCCUCCUCCUCUGCUCUGGCAGGUCUUUGUGAUAUUCUAUGAAGGAAGUUCUUACUUUAUUUGGACUUUGUGCACCAUUACUCUGAAAAGCUAAAGACAUUUGUAAGAAAUGAAAAAUAGGCAUUUAAAGAAAAAAAGUGAUAUUUGAAACAUGUACAUGUAUUUUACAAAUGAAUUGCUUCUUUCAAUAAAAGUUUUUUCUAGUACAG